UAUUUACAUACUGAGAUCAAAUUGACACUAGAAUUUUCGAAAUUGAUUGAUUCUAGCUAGGGUUAUCAUUCAUAUCUAUUUAAUGAGUUUGUGUUUUCAUUUAAAAUGACACUUUGAAUGGUUGUGGAUAAAACAGCUUUGUGUGCUAAAAUCGAACAUACAAUACCUACUCUGUGUAAAGUAGACCACUAUGACUACUUUGUUAUCAUUGUAUUAGAAUAUUUAUACGUGUGAUAUAGGGAGAAUUUAAUUAAUGAAACCGUCAUUAUAUUUAAAUAAAUAAUUCGUUUAAUUUCUAUCGCUUAGAACAUGACCCAACUGGACAAUUCAACUCUGACUGAAAAUGUGAUUCAAACAAUCCGUUGGACUAUAGAAUAUUGCGAGCACCACGGCGUGAAGGAAUCUGACUUAGUAACAGUUUUUAAGAAUGUCUCCGAUAAAGAAAUCAUCGACUUACUAUUUAUCGCUAUUAAACUCCGUCGUACCAACGUUCUCGCUAGAUGUCUGCCUCUGGUCCGAAACCAACUGAAGAUUGUUCUAAAAUGCGGUAAAACACUGUUGGACAAGCUACUCUGCCUAGCAGUAGAAGCGGGCUGGUUACCGGAAGUACGCAUCUUGAUCGCCUCAGGGGCGAACCCCAACGCGCGCUACCGCGGAUCGCCUCUGAUACAUUUGGCGGCCGUGCAGGAAGACACCAGAAGUCUCCAAGAGCUGCUGGAUGCCGGCGCCGAGAUGGACGCUGCCGACGAUCGAGGUCAAAAGAUCGUACAAAAUUUGAUAGCAUCGCAGCAGAAACAUAAGAAAGCUGUCUUAGAGUUGCUGCUUAAACACGACGAACUGUGUCUUAAGCCCUCGCUUUCCGGUAAACAUCUUCUCCAUCUAGCCGCCAGCCACGCACCGGAAGUGGUAGACACGCUAGUCAGCUGCGGAUAUGACGUCAACCAACCUGACGUCAUCAACAAAGAUACGGCUCUUCAUAUCGCGUGCAACAUGAUGUGCGUGGAGUCUAUAGCGUGCCUCGUUAAACAUGGCUGUCAUUUCAACACGGUAAACGUUCACGGAGAAGCACCGCUUGCAAAACUCAUUCAGAAAAUAAAAUCAUUCAGUGACUUUCACUCCAGAUCUAGAUUUCGUUUAGCAAAGACACUGUACCUGAUUGGCUUCCGGCUUAAACUCCCUAGUGUUGAAACUUUAAAUGAUAUGCGUCAUAAACAGCCGAUACAUUGUGGGCGGAAUAAGCUUUAUGACAAAUACCUCGAGGUGCAGCGUACCGUGAACGCCGUUCCCUCGCUCCAGAAUCUCAGUCGUCUGGCGGUCAGAGAGACGCUUGCUGAUGGCGCAACCCAGCGGCCCGUCGACGCCCUGUACAUUCCGGAGCACCUGAAAGGGUUUCUCAUGUUCCGCCAGCUCAACAUUUCUCAGUGAUACAUGUACGAGGGACGUGUGUUUAAAAUGCCAAAAUUCUGGUCAGUUGUCAUUGAACACACCAAUAUAUUGUAUAUUUAUUUUCUAUUUGUUUAAUUGAUAAGUUCUGGAGUGUGUAUUGCUGUUUAAGAGUCACAUUUGAAACCAAAACAGUUAA